GCGAACAGCUAGUGAACUCAAUAGACAUUUUUUAAAAUAUAUGAUUUAGUAUUAUAACAAGUUAUCGACAGGCAAAAGGUUAAACAUCAACAAUUUUGGAAUUUUAUUUAAAAGGUUAUGGAACUGGAAUAUUUAUAGCUUAAAAUCUUGACAAAAUGUUAUUUUCGAAAAACUUAUUCCUGUUGCCGGCAAUCACACUUCUGCUGCUAGCUAGAGUUGCUGCCCAAACAACAACUUCAGAAUCUUACGAGCUUUCAAAGGACGACAUGACCUACGGAGAUUAUGAGACCACAGAAGAUAGGUCCGGGCAGCUAAUCGUCAGUCACGACACACCCUUUUCUCCGCAGCGCAAAUACAUUGUCACCCUGAUCAAGCUGAACUGGUUUGCAGCUUAUGCUUUCUGCGAGCAAAAUGGUUGGUCGCUGGUCAGCAUUGAAUCUGCAGCGGAGCAAUUUCAAGUGCAAAAUUAUAUAAAUUACUUUAAUCUGGAGAGCAGCGAUUUCUGGACUUCUGGCAAUAAGUUAGCUGACUUACAGAACUUCCGUUGGGGUUACAAUGGUUCCAAAUUUAGUUAUACGAACUGGGCAAUGGGUGAACCCAAUAAUUUUAUGGGCGGUCAGCAUUGUGUGAAAUUACUGGAGAACUCUUUGAAGUGGGAUGAUGAUUUCUGCGAGAAUAGUCAUCAUUUCAUUUGUCAAAUGGAUAGGUAUCCAACCACCAAUAUGGGGCCGUCAUAGGUAUGGACAUUUGUGUGAAGCACUAGGGUGCUUCGGAAAUCUUUUCAGAGAAGUCGUUUUUCCAAAAAUUUUUAAAGUUACUAGACUUCUUGCAAGCUUGGAAUAUAUAAAUAUUAGUUGAGAAAUAUUCAAAAAAUUAUUUUAAAAAAUGUUGCUAAAGCUAUCAAAUUUUGGGUUUCUUUCGAGAUAGUCUACUAAUGUAAAAUUCAAAAAACAAAAUAUAUUAAUUGUGUAAAAAGUU